AUGCACUCUGGGUACCCAUCCGAUGCAUCCUACAGCUACGGUACGUCACAAGGUUUCCAGGGAGAUGCCAAGAGUGGUCGGCUUCUCGUGCCCAACGGGCACUGGGCAGUCUACAGCCUGUGUAGUUUGAGCCUCCACUACACCAGCCCUGGCCUGGUUUCCGCUGGAAUUGGGCUGGCAGCUGUCGUAGUGCUGCUGCUGGCCUACUCUGCCCUGCAAAAUCUCAGGAGUGGAGAGGAUGGACAAUCCACUUGGUACUUCUUUCUCUUCGUCUGCAGCGCUGCGAACCUUGCACUCGCGGUGGUUCUCGGUAACAUGAACUACAGGUCGAACUUGGUCCCGUUCAUGGAUGUGAACAACAUGAACGAGUACGACAUGAUCAAUCCAGCUGAGAGUAAAGGAAACCAGCUGAUGGAUGCCGGUCGUGUUCAUUUUGUUCCGGAUGCCAAACUGGAUAUUGCGCAUUCCAUGGGGUUCAGGAAUUUGGACACCUACUGUGUGGCGCCAAUCGCCUCCGGAAAACAGGACAACUACGACUUCUGGGCAGUAGGCCUCAAUUGCUGCUCUGGUCACGUGGCAGACUUCCACUGUGGUGAGUUUAACAAUCCUACGGCCCAUUCUGGACUUCGGCUCAUGCGGGAUGAUUUGCGAUCUUAUUUUCGAUUGGCAGUUCAACAAGCAGAGGCAGCCUACAACAUACGGGCAAACCAUCCCAUCUUCUUCUACUGGAUGCAGGAUCCAGCCACCGAAAUCAGUGCGUAUGAAAGCGCAGCUUACACAAACUGGAUGGUUGGUGUUUUCGUGGCACUGGGUGUGCAGCUGCUCCUCGUCGUGAUUGCGACCGUGGCCUUCGCCAAGUUGAGCUGA